CACCAGAGCGAUUGAGUUCAGUGCCAAAUGCGAACGGUGAAAGAAGUUUUGUACUUAAAUCGCUUAUACUCGUCUGCUUUCGUAUGAAAGACUUUUUAUUAAAUGUAGCGUUCAUGACUGAUGAGUUCCAAGCUGUGAAUAAGAAAUAGCAUCCAAUUUUUUAAAGUGAUUUGUUUCGAAAAAUUUCGCGUACAUAGAUUCUUGUUAACGAUUCUAUCUCGCUGUGAUCGCAAUCGCAAUUGUAAUCGUGUGUGUGUGAACCUAGCAAGCAAACUAAGCGACUAAGCAGUCAAAACAAAAUUUGAAAAAAAAGUGAGGAAAAAGUGCGCGUGUCAUUCAUACAUACUUACAAAUGGUUAUGCGAGUAUUAAUUGUACAAACUUUGCAAAAUCAACAAAAAAUAUGAAACUACAACGUAAAGGCAUAAGUGCAAAUGUCCAGAGAAUAAUGGUAAACAGAGAAUAAUGAAGAAACGUGCGCGACCCUCAACAACAUAAAAGUGAUAAAAAAACCUGCUACCUACAAGCAUACAUGCAGACAUAUAAAAAAACGAAUUACCAAAUUCUUAGUGUUGGCUAGCGACAAAGCAAGGGCAGUGGCGCGGGCGCGAGCUGACGCGACAGUGAAAAUUUCUCACAAAGCCAUUUUAUUGCAUUCUACACCAAUCCAGCAUGGGAAUUGGCACCAGUACAGGCGCUGUCGACAAUGACGUUGAGAGUGUACUCGCCGAGUCGCAGGCAAUUGUGAUGAGCGCCUCACAACAACGCCAACACCAAUUAAUUAAUCAACAUAUGCUCGAAUCUCAAACAUCUGUGAGUAGUGGCGCCUCAAUACAAACAGUACUACAUCAGUCGAUGCUCGCGAGUACGACUAGCACAAAUAGCACACAGCAACAUUUACAACGUGCCGGUAGCAUAUCAAGCAAUAACACAACACCGGCGCACAGAGCAGCAACACCAACAAAAGCGACAACACAACAGCAAAGUACAACAGUUAACAGUAACAGCGGAAUUAACAGCAAUCAACCAUCAACAGCACAGAGUGUUUCAUAUGCAACAGAAGCGUUGGUAACAUUACGACCGCAAAUACAACAAACUCAGCAACAACAAUUACCGCCAGCUGAGUGCAUAAACUCGCUUUUGGAACACAUUAGCCCAGCAGCGGCGGCAGCUGCUAUGAGUGGUGAAGGUGUGCUCAAUAUAGCCGAUGUUGCUGAUCUGCUACAUCCGCAACAUGCCAUCAUAACGGGUGGUCGCUCACAUGGCGGUUGUCCGCUCAUAAUUUUUCCCGAUAAUAACAAUUUCCAUUUGUUGGAGGAGGCGGAUUAUCAGAAAUUAAUUCUAUAUCUCACAUCAGUGCCAUCGCUGCAAGAUACCGAUUUGGGCUUUCAGCUAAUCAUCGAUCGACGGAAAGACAAAUGGACGUCGGUCAAAACAGCUCUACAGAGGAUAUCGAUCUACUUCCCCGGCAUUGUGCAUGUGGUGUAUGUGCUGCGGCCAUCGGGCCUCUUCCAAAAAGCCAUAUCCGAAGUAAGCACAAAAUUUUCAAAAGACGAAUAUCGCUUUCGUCUGGUGAUCUGUUCGGCGCUUAGUGAUCUGCACGAGUACAUAGAUAAAAGUCAGCUCACAAUCGAAAUGGGUGGAACGCUAAUUUACUCACAUCACGAGUGGAUACAGCAGCGGAUAUCACUUGAGAAGUUCUCUAGUCUCACGCACCAAGUCUCUACUGAAUUGGAUAUUUUCAUACAAACCAUACACGACACAGAAUUUCCCAACUCUGUGGAGGCCACACAAAAACUAAUCGAUGUACAAGGCAGCGAUUAUGAACGUCUAAAGGAAGAGAUUUUGGCCGCUGCCAAACAUGGCGAAACUUUGCUGAAUAAUAUCAAAGGCAAUGAAGAAAUUAAGGAAUUCUCAGAGCGCACCGGCAAUGUUAGCGCAAUAGAGCGACUGCUGGUACAGCUGGAGGAGACAGAACGACGUUUCGAUGAAUUCUGGCGCACGCAUCGUAAUCGGCUGCAACAGUGCCUGGAUUUGCGGCGCUUCGAGCAGGACUUUCGUGAGCUGCAAACCAUUUUCGAUGCCCACCUGAAAUGUGUCGCUGAGAUGACCGAAAUUGGCGAAAGUGUCGAACGCGUUGACACUCUAAUGGCCGAUACACAACACUAUCAACAACUCAGUCAGGUGGAUAUCGAGCGUGCGGGCGAGGUGAUUAGCGCCGGACAGCAGCUGCUCGGUGUACGCGGUGUCUAUCCGUGGGAAAUUGUGCAGCCAAAGUGUGAUGAAUUGCAAAGAGUGUGCGAUAUUAUAUCGGAGCGUUUGUGCAAGCGUCUAGAGAUACUUGCUAAGAAUCGCGAACUAAUGGAGAGAGUAGAAAAGGCUAAUCAAUGGUGCGCCAACGGUGUUGAGCUAUUGGCUUCACAGCGCAUCGAGAAAUGUUCUGCUUCGCCGGAAAUUGCCGAACAAAGCUUACAAGAGAUACAGACGUUCAUUGCUUCGGCAGCGGAAUUUAAAUUAUCUAGUCCAAGUGAAUUUAAGAAAAUCUUCCUGGAGAGUACAACACCUGAAACCAAAGCACUAGUAUCACAAGUACUCCAAAGAAUCGAUGAUGUGUCAUUAAUGUGCGAUAAACGCAUUGCAAGUCUCAAGAAAUUGGCUUUAAAACCACCGCGUCCGGUGCAAACAGUUACACCAGAACCGGCAGUGCCCUUGCAACCACAAGGAGGUGCACCACAUUUGCUACGACGAAAACAUAAGGUAAGUGAGAAAAAGAGAAAUUACGCGUUCAUUAAAGAAUUUUUAGAACAUUUGAGGUUGCGGGGAAUUCGAAAAUGUGUUUAGUCAUGGUAAAAGUGA